UUGAGUGAUAAUUUUCUUCCUCGACGUCAACUGAUCAAGAUGGAAUUGGACAUCGCUAAUACAAGCCAAACUUCUACCAGCAAUUUUACCCCCAGUUCUACCCUCGGUCCCCCCGAUCUGAGGGACGGGUACGAUCUACCAGUGUACGGUCUGGACACGGGGCGAUUCUACUCCCUGCAUGUUCCAGCCUUAACAUGCAUCUUCCUGAGUCUGAUCUCGGCUAUUCUGACAAUAACGCUGAGUUUCAGAAAAAUUCCGAGACGUGCUUUCUUUGACUGGACCAAAAGCGAAAGAUUCAUUGUGUACAUGGCGAUUUGUGAUGGCGCUUUUAACGUUGCGCAUAGUAUGGAUCAUCUUCACAUUGCCACAACAAAAAGUCACGUUUACCCAGCCUCGCUUUGCCAGUUCUACGGAGUCAUGCUGCUGGAAUUUAUCAUGGCUCAAACCUUCAUGGUUAACAUCGUUGCAGUGAACGCUUUUACACUGAUGAUUUUCAAUAAACAGUUGAAAUUCGGAAAACGAGAUUGGCGUUUACUUGUGUGGAUCUUCGGAUUUCCUUUCCUUUUAUCCAUGAUUGCGCUAGCAGCCAAGCAGUUUGGUCCAAAUGGUUCAUUUUGUUUCUUCGACGGUGUAAAUGGUGAAUUGGCCCAAUUUUUACUAACCACACUUCCCCUGUCUGUCAUUCUGAUUGUAAAUGCAACACUGUACGUGAUUACUUGGGCAAAACUCCGAUCCAUUGAAAAACACUUGAAAUUGUCUCUCGGAAAACAGUCAUCUGGUUCGAAAAUGAAGCACGCGGCAGUCCGCGCCAUGUCGUUGUUUGUUCUGGCGUUCAUCUUUCAGUGGUGGGCCAUGGCUCUGUUCGGAAUCUGGGUGUUCGCAAACCCAGGUAGCGUGCCUCCCGCCAUUCACCAUACUGUGACCACAUUCUCAAACGUGGGCGGAAUUGUCAACCUCGGAGUGUAUCUCCUGAUCAGAAAGAGAGUGCAAUACCAAGGUUCUGCAUCGUCUGAUCAAAGUCAUAGCACCAAGAGAUCUGGGAUGAAAGAGACGAGCCAUACUGACUUGUAGCAUGUUUAGGGGUCAUUUUGUUUGAUUCUCUAGUUUUAAAUUAAAAUUGAUGUAUAUUUUACGCCUAUGUAUUCAUACAUUAGUAUGAAAUGUAAAUCUACAUUUAACAGACAAAGUGUAUUAAUUUAGUUCUGUGGAGCUUAAAACCUUUGCUUAAAAGCAAUAUGAGUUUGAAAAAAUCAUUACUUUUUGUCAAAGGAAAGAUUUUUCUUCUAAGGAAUAUAUAGCAAAUCAAUUUCUGUAUAGGAUGACAAUAAUUCAAUUAUGCUCCAAUUAAGGCUUCUUAACAGCCUUUUCACACAAAGAUAUGGCUAAAAAUUAUCUAAAAACCAUGAUAUUUUUUUCAUUUUAGUAGAAAAUAACAUUUCCGUAAAAAAAAAUUUCAACAUGAAAAUUGCAGCUCAUAUUGCUAUAAUAACAAUCUUUCUUGAAUUUCACUGAAUUAAAACUGGAUUGGUUUUCCUAUCAUGCAACAAUAAAGUGAGAAUUCUA